ACAUGAAGCUCAAGAUCUGAACCUGCUAUGACUGACCCAGACGUCCUCACUGAGGUCCCAGCAGCUCUCAAACGCCUUGCCAAAUAUGUGGUGCGUGGCUUUUAUGGCAUUGAACAUGCUUUGGCUCUGGACAUUCUCAUCAGGAACCCCUGCGUGAAGGAAGAGGACAUGUUAGAGCUCCUUAAGUUUGAUAGGAAGCAGUUGCGGGCUGUCCUCAACACCCUCAAGGGUGACAAGUUCAUCAAAUGCAGGAUGAGGGUAGAGACGGCUCCAGAUGGCAAAACCACCCGACAUAACUACUACUUCAUCAACUACCGCCUUCUUGUUAAUGUGGUGAAGUACAAGCUGGACCACAUGAGGAGGAGGAUUGAGACGGAUGAAAGAGACUCCACCAAUCGCGCCUCUUUUAAAUGCCCCAUUUGCUUCAGCACUUUCACAGACUUGGAGGCCAACCAGCUGUUUGACCCCAGGACAGGAACUUUCCGCUGUACUUUCUGCGAGACUGAAGUGGAAGAAGAUGAGUCGGCAAUGCCCAAAAAGGAUGCAAGGACACUCGUGGCAAGAUUUAAUGAGCAGAUUGAGCCCAUCUAUGCGCUGCUUCGUGAGACAGAAGAUGUUAACUUAGCCUAUGAAAUCCUUGAGCCAGAACCCACUGAGAUUCCUGCCCUGAAGCAGAGUAAGGAACGCGCAGCUGGUGCUGGUUCGGGGACGGCAGCUGGCCUUGCAGGUGGACACCAUCGGGAAGCAUGGACUACAAAAGGACCAUCAUAUGAGGACUUGUAUACCCAGAAUGUUGUCAUCAGCAUGGAGGACCAGGAGGAUCUUAACCGGCCUGCAAGUGAAGGAAAGCCGGCCAGAGAAAGACCAAUUUGGCUACGGGAGAGCACAGUGCAGGGGGCUUAUGACCCUGAUGAAAUCAAAGACGGGGCCCGGGAUCUGGAUGCUUUCCAGGAGCGUGAGGAGGGCCGGGCAGCUCUGGAUGAUAAUGAGGAGGUGAUGCGUGCUCUGCUUAUCCACGAGAAGAAGACACCUUCUGCUUCAACAGUCACUGUUGGAGGUGCCGCUCCUCUCUCCGGUGCCAAUGCUAGUGACUCUGAGAGCGAGACAAGCGAGUCAGAGGAGGAAUCUCCUCCCCGCCCUCCUACCACAGCCACCACAACAUACGGGCUGGAGGAUGAGGAGGAGGAUGAAGAGUUUGAGGUGGUGGCAGAAGACCCCACUGUCAUGGUGGCUGGGCGGCCGUACUCUUACAGCCAAGUGAGCCAGCGCCCUGAGCUGGUGGCCCAGAUGACGCCAGAAGAAAAAGAGGUUUACAUAGCCAUGGGGAGACGCAUGUUUGAGGAUAUGUUUGAUUAA